GCUGCGCACAAGGAUUUACUGAGUUAAGAAUAAGAAAAUAAGAAUAACAAAUUUAAUGGCGUAGCGUGGGACUACGAAUAUUUAAUAUUGAAUAAAGUAACUAUCAAGAAUAAAAUAAAGUGCUACCUAUUUUAAAUUUAGGUAUAUGGAAUUGAUAACUCAAAAAAAUUUGACUAUAUGAUAGUGAUAGUGAUUAAUUUAUCGUGACCGGCAAGAGUUUGGGCUAGAACAAUGGCUGAAAACGAUAUCGAUUUGUAUGCAGACGAUAUAGAUCAAGAAUUUGUGCAGGUAAAGGAAGAAUUUGGGGCAGAUAACGUUGACCUUUAUGAUGAUGUAUUGGCCACAUCAGGAACUACAAACAAUGCUGAUAAAACAAGUGCCAAUGUAUCUGGAAGCACUAACGAAGACACAAAUGGAACAGCCUACUCUACACAGGGUAAUAAUAUAACGCCGAAUACUGUAGGGCGCAGACAUCAACUAUACGUAGGAAAUUUAACUUGGUGGACUACAGACCAAGACAUUGCUAAUGCAGUCCGAAGUGUAGGGGUGAACGACUUCAAUGAAGUGAAAUUCUUUGAACACAGAGCAAAUGGCCAAUCAAAAGGAUUCUGUGUUAUAUCUCUUGGUUCGGAAGCAAGUAUGCGCAUCUGUAUGGAGCAGCUGCCGAAGAAAGAGAUCCAUUCCCAAAAUCCUAUUGUAACUCUUCCCACCAAAAUGGCCCUAAGUAACUUUGAAAGUCAGUCUAAAACCCGACCUACUCCCUCUAAUAACAAUCCUAGGUCCCAGCAUCCCAGCCAUUCUAACAAUAACCUUCCCCCAGGUCCUCAUCAAAAUUUCGGUGGUCGCAUGCCGAUGAAUGCUCCAAUGCGCGCUCCCAUGAACCCAGGAGGCCCACGUAUGCAAGGCCCCCCGCCGGGGUACAAUGGACCCCCUCAAGGGCAGCCGCCGCGAUUCCAACCACAGCCUCAAUGGAAUGGACCACGGUUCAACGGACCUCCGCACAAUAUGUCGCCUAAUAUGGGUCCGAACAUGAGACCUGGUGCUCCUCCCCCUGGACAAGGACCUCCGAGGCCACCUAUGUUCCAAGGGCCACCCCAAGGUCAAAUGCCACCACGUGGCAUGCCUCAACAGGGUCCACAGCCGGGUCCCAUGCGUCCCGACUGGAACAGACCACCAAUGCAGCAAGGAUUCCCGCCCCACCAAGGUCCUCCUCACAUGCAGGGUCCCAACAUGGGUCCGCGAGGACCACCACCUAUGGGUGGACCUCCAGGUGCUCCCCAGGGCCCUCCUCAGGGUCCGGCGCCUCACGUCAAUCCGGCCUUCUUCCCGCAGAACGGGCCGCCACCACAGAUGCCCCAUCCUGGUAUGCAGAAUGCCCCUGGUAUGCCGCCCCAGGUACCGCCUCAAGGGCCACCCCAUCAUCCACCUAUGGGCCCUACCAGCGUGCCACCUCAUGGCCCCUCCCACUACGGACCGCCCACCAGCAUGCCCCAGCCUCCGUAUGGCGGACCGCCUCCUGAUCAUAGGCCUGACAUACCUGCGAUCAGCGAGCAGGAAUUCGAAGAUAUCAUGUCUAGAAAUAGGACGGUUUCUUCAUCAGCUAUUUCCAGGGCCGUAUCGGACGCAGCUGCCGGCGAGUACGCGAGUGCCAUCGAGACCCUUGUGACUGCAAUCUCUCUGAUCAAACAAUCGAAGGUGGCUAACGACGAUCGCUGUAAGAUACUUAUCAGUUCCCUACAGGACACUCUCAGGGGAGUCGAGGAUAAGAGUUACAGUUCGGCUAGAAGGGAAAGGUCCCGGUCUAGGGACAGAUCCCACCGGAGGCCGAGGAGGGAUAGGUCCACCUCUAGGUAUCGGGAAAGGAGCAGGGAGAGGGACCGUGACAGGGAUCGCGAGCGCGACAGGUACUAUGCCGAGAGUUACAGGGAGAGAGACAGGGAACGGGAUAGGUCCAGGAGUCGUGGGGAUAGGGACCGGGAGAGGGAAUACAGGGAGAGAGAUCCGGAAGAAGGAGCAAGAGUUGCAAGAACAAGAAAUAAAUCGCCUUCGGACGUAGUGGAGGCUAGCGGUGAACCAGGAAAGUCACGCUAUUACGAAGAAAGGUACAGAGAAAGGGAAAGGGACACCGGAAGAAGCAGAGACUCAGAACGUGAGAGAGAAAGGGAUAGGAGAGAUGAAACUCAUCGAUCACGUCACUGAUCCAACCACACAAUUUCAUUGAAGUAAAUUUCAUUUAAAAAAUAUAUAUAUUAUUGUCUUUUUAGAGGUACAAAAUUACGUUUACUCUUGAUGUUUGUGAAAUUAAGUAAGUCGAAAUUAUUGAUAUCCUAAAUGGAAGGAUGGAAAUAGAAGCGAGAAGAUGGCUGCAAAUGGUUCAAGAUUGUAUGGUUUUUAGAUAAUGAAAAUAUGUUUGAGAACUUUAAUUUGUUGUUUUACUUUAAGACCAAUCUAAUUUAAUUAUUCCUCAACAAGGAUAAAUAAAAAAAAUGGAUCUAUUUGUUAUUGCCUUGUCCACCAUUUGUCCCUGAUUUUUCUAAAAGUAAACAUUACCUGAUUAUUAAAUUUUAAAUACACAGGGAAAAAUGCGUAUUUCUCAGAUCUGUACCCUCUGAAUUAUAUAAAUUAAUUUUACGAUUAAUCAUUUUGAGUAUCUACUUUUCUCGACAAAUCAAAUUGUUUUUCCUUCUUUUUUUUUUACCACAAAAUAUUUAUUAUAUUACUUUCAAGCCAGCCCUGAAGUUAAGAUCAAACCAGUUUAUAUAAAAUAAGAGCAAAGUUGUUUCAUUCUAAUAACCCAUAAGUUAUCUUUGAAUUUGAUUUACUCAGUUUAUAAAAGACAUAAUUUAUUCCUGUAAUUAACUUAUUCUCCUUCCAAAAUGAAACUAAGAUAUCAUCAAUGUAAAUUGAUUAUAUGUACUUGUAACUAAUGGAAUAGCUUUUUGUUUAUCUUUUGACAAAUUUAUAUAUUUCCUAAGGUUGAAUAAACCAGCAAUAAAAUUUUCUAGACAAAAAUAUUCUGAUAUUUUAUAGGAUAUUCAUCAAGAAUCAAUUGAUAAAAACUUCAUAAUGUAUAUAAAAGUUUGUCUGAAUCUUUAAUGUAUAAUGAAACUUUCUUAUAUGACAAUUGUUGAGAUGGAAAAAUGUUUCCAACCUAGGCUGCUUCUGGUUCAACCAGAAUUUUCUAUCAGUUACAUUUGCUGAUGUAAGAUAUUGUACUUCAAAUUCGUCUAUGUUUAAAAGAAAGUAAGUAUAUUCAAAUAAAUCUUAAGUAAUUUUCUGCA